AUGUGGUUCGAAAUUUUACCUUCGUUUGGAAUAAUUGCGACCAUUUUGUCCGUGCCCGGGUUUGCGCUGUACGGACUGCACAAGCUAACACUGGAUAAUGCGUAUCGGCGUAAUACGGAUGAAAGAUGGGAACGUGUCAUGUACACCAGGGACAUGCGAUUGACCGGCAACCCGUACAAGUGCAACGGUCUCGAAUCUAUUUCGGAUAAAUAG